AGUCGUAUUGUGAAAUUUAGUAAGAAAUAUUUUAAGCAAUUGCGUUUAAAAAAUAUAGAAUUAUUUGAGUAUCUGCGAACUGGGGAACUUAAAUACAAAAUCUCUUCUGGCAAGGAUAUGUGGAGAAGGGAGGUCAUAACAUUCAUAGAUCGCAGCUUAUCCGGACUGAUGGCGGCGGCAGCAUCGAGUGCCCGGCAGGGUCGCAAAUAUGCUGAGGGAACCCAGCCCUUCACGGUCCUCAUUGAGGGCAACAUCGGCAGCGGGAAGACCACCUAUCUGAACCAUUUCGAGAAGUACAGGGACGACAUCUGCCUGCUGACCGAACCCGUCGAGAAGUGGCGCAACGUCAACGGGGUCAAUCUGCUGGAGCUGAUGUACAAGGACCCCAAGAAGUGGGCCAUGCCCUUUCAGAGUUAUGUCACGCUGACCAUGUUGCAGUCGCACACCGCGCCUACCGACAAGAAGCUAAAAAUAAUGGAGCGAUCCAUUUUUAGCGCGCGCUACUGCUUUGUGGAGAACAUGAGAAGGAAUGGCUCCCUGGAGGAGGGCAUGUUUAACACGCUCGAGGAGUGGUACAAGUUCAUCGAAGAGUCCAUACACGUGCAGGCGGACCUUAUCAUCUACUUACGCACUUCACCAGAGGUGGCUCACGAGCGAAUCCGACAGCGUGCUCGAUCCGAGGAAAGCUGUGUACCACUUAAGUACCUUGAGGAACUGCACGAGUUGCACGAGGAUUGGCUGAUUCACCACAGAAGACCGCAGUCGUGCAAGGUCCUCGUCCUCGAUGCCGAUCUGAACCUGGAGAACAUUGGCAGCGAGUACCAGCGCUCGGAGUCGAGCAUUUUUGACGCUAUCUCAAGUAACCACCAGCCGUCUCCGGUGAUGGUCUCGCCCAGCAAGCGCCAACGCGUCACCAGAUAACCAGUGAGGACCACAAUGCAGAAACGCUUAACCAAUUUAGUACCUAAUUGUGUGUAGUACAGACUAAAUAUAAUAUAAGAGGCGCAGACGAGCCGAUCGCGGGACAAAGGCAAAGAAUAAUCCAUUAACUAUUUUAGCCCCUGAUUAACGCAUUCGUAUUUUAACAAUUAUAAUCCACAUUAUAUUCUCUUCACACUACCUAGUUUGUAAGCUCUAAAAUUGUAAUAAAAACUGUGAGUACUUAUGUGUCCCAUACAUA